AGACAUUCAAGGCAGGGAGAGAAAUGGCGAAAGCCAUGCUCUGCGUGCUGGUAGCGGCGCUCAUGGUGGCGAAGGAGGCGAACUCGUUGGUGGUGAUUGGUGGAUCUUCAUACACACUGCUCUCCCCCCCCAUACACUCAAGCUUCUCCCCCUCCUCUCCUAGAAAUUUGCAACCAAACACCAUGGGCAAUGAACUGGACAUACCCCGGCGUCCCACGUUGAGAAUGCAGCUACGUGAGAGUAGCGAUGAUGAGGGUUCCCUUCAAUACAUCGACGUGCCUGGAAAGGCAUCUGGGAUGGGCGCUACACAAACCACCGCCGUGCUCUCGUUGUUCUCCCUUUUCCCUGCGUCGGCCAUGGCGGAUGUUGUAGAGGCGGGAGCAGAAGCUUCGAAGAUCGUCAUCGAGCCCAGGGGCAUCACGGCUCAGGAUACAGUCGUCUUCGUCAUCGGGGUCAUUCCAUUCGUGUGGGCGACUUACGAGUUUUGGCGACGUAUCGCUGUCGGCGAGCCGUUCGGAACAACCAAGGAAGGGUCGGUGAUUAUUCGGCCAGAGGGUCAGGAGGUGAAAGAGCAGAAAGGAUCCCCACGUCGUGUCUUGAGCACAGGCGCGAUCCGCCUUGCCUAUGUGCUGUUUGCUGCUGUCGGAGCUUCAAUGGCGCUUGUGGUUGUUGCUGUCUUGCAGGCAGGUAGCAGGCAAGUAGAUGGAGCGAGGUGGUGAAUGCAAGCGCAAGGGAGAGCACAAGUGUACAGAGGAGGAGGUCGUGGCAGCUUCACGGUGUGGAGCUUGUGUGGAGCAGACGUAGUGUUGAGCAGAAAGGAAAGACAAGAGAAAGGG